AUGUCUCUUUUUGGAAGCUCUCUGCCAGAAGCUGCCUCGUCAGGCACCGGGCCGAGCCAUGUCGCAAACAGCAAAUCAUCGCUCUUUGAGGACGAGUCGCCCAUGACUAAAUCAACAUCAACGGCUCUCUUCGCGGACGAUGAUGCUGGGUCGGACUCGUCGCCGUGGGACCUGCCGACGCCCCGCAAGCACCACACUCGUGCCGAUCUGAUCCGCAACCUGCUGGCUUCAUCGGAUGUGCCCGACAGCUACGUCGAGGUGUUCGACGUCGUGUCCCGCGAGGAUGGCAGCGGAGGCCGCAUCACGUCUGGUGGCGUCGCGAGAACAUUAGCGGCUGCUAAGCUAGGUGCAGAUGCCCAGGCACGCAUAAUGGGGAUUGUGGUUCCUCCCGGCGGCGGCAGCGAGGGCAUCUCGCUGGAACGGGGCGAGUUCAAUGUUCUGCUGGCCUUGAUUGGUCUGGCCCAGGAAGGCGAGACGGUUAGCCUGGAUGGUGUGGAUGAGCGCCGCCGAAGUCUACCCCAGCCCAAGCUCCACGGCCUCGUCGACACCACACCAGCCCUGCCCCAUCUUGCCGAACUGGGUGCCAAACCGCCUCAGCGACCAGUGUCACCACCUCUUCCUGCGUCGGCCCACAAGCCGCUUCCUUCGACCCGCCAGCAUCGCACCAUUAGGAAGGCGUCCAUGGACUACCCAGAAGAUCCGUGGAACACGCCCGACGUGCAUAAGAACCAUAACCACGGCCCCGAACCCCCGCGAUCCAACGGCAGCGAUGUCCCCGGUACGGCAUCCGUUGAGAACGGGAGCGGCUUGUUCAGCACAAGCCCACAGGCUACGAUGCCGGGCCGCACAACGUCUACCUUCACCACCAGUGCACCUCCGUCCGCUUCGGGACCAGUAGGAGAGUCGGCAGGCACCUGGGGAUUUUUUGAUGGGAACCCGUCAUCGGCCGGUGGUUUCAGCAGUCAGGGUGCCAUUCCCACUGUUCCCUUUGCCGUCAACGAAGGGGCGCGUGAGCCUGCGAUUGUUCAGCCCGUGGGCCCGACUCCUAGCAGGACCAUUGGAGGCGGGCGAGCAGGCUCAGCUGUGGAAGAAAAUAUAAUGGUUACCUUGAUGCCCGAGAAGGAGGGCAUGUUUCUGUUUCAGCACCACAACUACGAGGUAUCCAGCACAAGACGAACCAGCAAGGUGAUUCGACGGUAUAGCGAUUUUGUGUGGCUGUUGGACUGUCUGCACAAGCGAUAUCCCUUCCGAGUGCUGCCGCUUUUACCUCCGAAGCGGGUUGCAGUCAACGGAAACCAUCUGUCCAACGACGGGGCUUUUAUUGAGAAGAGACGCCGCGGUCUGGCUAGGUUCCUCAACGCGCUUGUUCGGCAUCCAGUCCUGAGCCAGGAGCAGAUGGUCAUCAUGUUCUUAACCGUCCCCACCGAACUGUCGGUUUGGCGGAAGCAAGCUACGAUCUCCAUACAGGAUGAGUUUGCCGGCCGCGCUUUGCCUCCAGGGCUCGAAGAUUCCCUCCCACAGACGCUGGAGGAACUCUUUAGUCGCACUCGUGCUGGCGUAAAACGGAGCGCUGAAUUAUACAUUACGGUUUGCAACAUCAUGGACCGGCUUGUCAAGCGCUCCGAGGGCGUCGCCGCUGACCAUGCCCGGGUUGCGCUGACCCUCACGUCCUUGACUGAGGCCAGUGCCGACACAUAUGCCACCGACACCAACGAAAUUCCCCUGCUGAAUGACGGCCUCCAAGCAAUGAGUCGUCAUCUGCGCACGGCCCAGGGUUUGCUGGAGGACGAAGCUCGUGCAUGGGACGAAGGUGUGUUGGAGGACCUCAAGCGCCAGAGAGACGCGCUGGUCAGUUUGCGAGAUCUUUUUGAUCGUAGGGAAAGACUCGACAAGGACAAUAUCCCUCAGCUGGAGCGCCGCAUUGCCACAAACGAGACACGGCUUGCUGCUCUGCGCACCAAGCCAGAAGGGAUGGUCAAGCCGGGCGAGAUGGAAAAGGUGGUGGAAGCCAUCAUCAAGGACAAGGAGUCGAUCGUCAACCAGCACAAUCGGUCCGUUUUUGUGAAGGAAUGCAUCCGCGACGAGUUGCUCUUUUUCCAGCAAACCCAGUACAACGUCUCGCGGUGGAACCAAGAUUGGGCACAGGAGCGCGUCAAGUACUCGGAGAUGCUGGCAGACAACUGGCGCCGGCUUAUUGAUGAACUUGAGGGCAUGCCACUCGGCGAUUAGAGGGCUUGCCGAGACAUGCGCUCGCUCCAGCGGAGUCGGGCGAUGCGUGGUGAAAGGCGCGGCGAGAGGCUAGUGAGUCCGAAGACGCUCCAGACACCACCAGAUCUGAAUGUUGUAUCGGACAGCGAUGCUCGGAGGGAAAGCGGCCACAACACGAUUGGCUCGAUUGGAUUUGCUUAGCUGUCCCAGGCCAACCGUGAUAAGGGUACGGAGGACGUAGGCACAACACGCCAAGCUACAACGAUUGUAGGAGUUCUGUGACGGGCAGCAGGAUCAACACUGGAGACUGAGAGCAUGAAAGCCAGCGAGGAUUGGGCAUGAAAGUAUAGACUAGGUGCAGUGUUGGCUGAAGCGGCGGUUUUGUUUUCGUCGUUUCUGGCGCUGUUCACAUCAUUCAUGGGCGGAGUUCAUUUUAUGUCGACUUGGGAUGAACGGAAGGCUGUAUAUAUGAAUACCUCUGUUUUGCCUUUUUUUUUUUUUUCUUGGCAGGGACGCCGCCCAGUGUUGCAAUACCCCUUUACUUAUCAAAUCAUUCUCACACUUGCACUGACACAGACGAGAUUGACCAGAACCAGGUAGAUGUUUCGUUCUUAAUAAUGCUCACGGCAAA